CUUGCGCUGUCAAAACCUUCCAUACAGGUAAAAAUUCUGUCUUGAUUCAAACGGAAUUUUAAUGGCUCGGGAGAAAGGUGAACGAAGCGCUCAUUAAUUCAGUGUUAUCGCAGAUGUAUUAGUGAAAUCAUGACACACACACGAUUGGGAGAUUGGGCCUUGUCUCUGUGUCUCUUUCUCGAGUUCUCAAUCUCUCUCCCCGGCUCGAAGUCAGACCCGUCUUUUGUAUACAAUUUAUACAUCCAUAUAGGACCAGCAUGGUGAAUUAUGAGAUGGACGAAAAUUAAUUCUUCACGUUGGAAUGUACUGUUAUCAUCUUCUAUGCAGGAAGUGAAUGUAUUUAUGGAAUAAUUGGUUUCUUUUUGUUUUGCCGCUUUGUACGUGUGUUUGUUCUUAACCGGAAAGGCAUUCGUCAAAAAACGUCAACAAUUUCAUUUUUUUGCUGAUGAGCUGUGUGGAUUUUGUCGAAAUAACAAGAUCUCAUGAGGUGGGUGGGUUGCAUAGCCUGAAAAAUUCUGCUGAAAGUGAAAGGAACUCUGCAUCCGGUUAGGAAAUGGAGACCUCACGCUUUGUUCUCGUUUUCUGCGAGAUUUGCAUCGCCCUGUGCGCCGCGGAGCAGUGCGUCAUCAAAGGUCAAGUCAACACGAGGCUGCAAUGGUACGGGUACAUGCUGCAGAAAACCUUCCAAACGAAUGACGCUCGAGUCGAAUACCAGAUCACGUAUCCAGAGAAAGAAUGCUGCGCCAACUUGUUGAUUUAUUAUGACGAUCAAAUCUCACAGCUAACGGAAUCCAUGUCGUGUCAAGAACGCGUGGAUGUGCUUCCUAAAGACAAUUACCAAAUCAUUCCCUUGUCCACCAAGACUGCGACAAAAGGGUGCGUUCUAUACCCUGACAGCGAAGGGACGAACCUUGUCGUAUGCACAGGUGACAGGACGUUGCAUUCGAACGGACCGCGUACGUGGUAUUUCGCAAUCAGUCGAUGUGGCGCUUCUCAGAACCAAGGCAUGUUGAACAUGAACUAUUACUUCAAUGUCACAGGACAUUACGGCAAGUGCGAAGCAGAUCCGCUUUCGAAAACGAUUUAUCCGGAAUUCAUAAAAUCUGAACCGGAUCUGGUGGUGGUGGUAGUUUUGGGUGUUUUGUGCGGUUUGUCCACCAUCACCGCCACGGUGUUUGCCGUAUUGUUCUUUCUCGGUAGAAUAAGGAGAAAGAACAAGAAAAAGAAGGGGGGUUCAGUGACGUCAUCACAAGCAACGAUGACGCAGGAUAUAUUUUACGUUAAUCCUUCGUUGUCUGACAGGGAGCACUCGGAUUCUCAGUACAGUCACAGUCAGUCAAGCGGAUCGGAGAACUAUUACGAGGUCAUUCCGGACAGACGGAGCUACGAAAGCAUCAAUACUCAACUCGCUAUGCACGGGCAUAACGUCCGAGGUGUCUCGAUGAACCCAAAUCAUCUUCGAGAACACAGAACGCCAAACAUUCCUCCCUACAUCCUCGAAAACUACCCGCCUCCUCCAUACCAGCCACCUAGCGGACAACAAAAUGGCGGCGUGCACCACCGAUCUCACGCGGGAGGUCACCAUGGCAACAACAACGGAACUCAAACAGCACAGCAGCAGACGCCUAAUGGAAACAUCCCGAACGGACGUCCGAUGCAGCUGCAUCCCUCCGGACAGCCUCCACCUUCUACCAACAUCAUUCACCAGCAGCAUCAUUCGAUGUCUGGACUGCAACUUGGAGAAAAAACGGAACCAGCAUCGACCAAUCAUCCGGUACACCUCAGUGGUAACCGUUCGGGCAGCGCCCCCGUACACUUCGACAAUGUCGGCGCAAUCGCUAGACCUACGCCGAUCUAUCCGAGUUCUCACGGGGUUCUAUUCGGAACGCAUCCAUCUCGAUCGUCUCAGCCCACUUCACCAUCUUCUCACGGAACACCCAACGGAAACAUUCCGAAUGGACAUAUUAACAACAACAACAUUGGCCACACAAGCCAAGCAUUCAAAAGACAGCUCUCCGCUGGCCCAAAGCUAAACAGUGUUCCGAACGGCCAGCCUCUACAGCUUCAGACAUACCAAGGUCACGAUAAAACAAUAAGUGACACCCAGCAGAUUCCGAACGGAAGAACUCAUCUUCCGAAUGGAAACCUUCCGAACGGACGCACACACGUUCCGAACGGAAAUGUUGCCAAACUCUUGCAUGAUGCCUACAGGAUACAGCAGUUCGAGACUACGGCGUGACUAGCCGACAAUAGCAACAAACAAACUUGGAAUGAGAUUUCUGUUUAGUGGCUCAAAACAACCGUGAAUUCCUAACUUCUGAUCCUAAGACCAUAAGAUGGUCGGUAUGUAAAGAGAAUCAAUAAAAUAGUUACCCUUUUUAUUUUCGUAUUUACGGAAAAAUUUCUUGUAAGAUCAGUGGGAUCGACUCUGAAGUUAGGAUUGGAAAAGUGCUUCCGGAUUCCUGGCAGGAAAUUCCAGUGCAUAUUAAGCUUAAAAUGUGUGUUUAAUCGAGAGAAAGUUCUUAUUUUCGGUUUACUUUGGAGAAGUGAACAGGGGAUGGAAAUAGGAACCUUGCAAUACAAGUAUAUUCCCUGCACAACGACAAAGUUUGCCACGUGAACACAGAUCGAAGUCAGUGUACAUGUAUCUUUUGUUCGAAAAAAUAAAGGAUAUAAAACUAGUAAUAUUUACGCUAAUAGUGCUAUUGUUGACUUAUCACAAAAACCAUUUUGCAAAGUCAUUCACAUUCUUUUGAAUCAAAAAGACCAUACUUAUUGACAAGUGCAAACUGCUAAGCAUUUUGCAUCGUUUUGAACUUUGCGACUCUCUGAACUAUUAUGUUAUUUCUACAUUUAAAUGAGAGAGAGAGAGAGAGAGAGAGAGAGAGAGAGAGAGAGAGAGAGAGAGAGAGAGAGAUUGGAAUGGGUUUUGUGUAUGUAUGUGUAUGGUUUCUUAAUGCAUUUCGUUUUACAAAUAUCAUUCAUUCACAAAUUCAACUCACUUGAUGUACAGCUAUACUUAAACAUAAGCAAUAUGAACUAUUAUGCAGAGUCAUUCUCAAAACAACCAUAAUUAUGUCUUCCAGGCGAUAAUAUUUGUACAUGUAUUUCAUAUUUUAAAAAAUUCCAGAAUUUAAAAAAGCAUUAUUUUUAAAAUCGAUAUGAAUAAUCUAAGAUUGAAACAUUUUUAUUAUUCGGACUGUUUAACUUCGAUUUUAUUUUAGCUAUGCGAAUUAUUUUUAAAAGAGAAAACGAUUUUAAAAAUGUCCAUCGCAAUAAAUAGAUUUUUAAAUGCUUAGAAGUAUACGAAAUAUAUUUUUAAUGAUUUUGUUUAAUUGUACAUCGAAUUCGAACCAAAGUUUUAAAACGCUAUAUAAUAUACCUCGUAUCGCUUAUGUAAGAAUUUACAUAAGGCUUAUUGAUGCAUUUUAUAUUAGAAUUAAUUAAACCAUCUAUCAAAAUAUGAUUUAAUUAAACAGCAAGUUUUGCUCGUUACAUAUUGAAAACUUUUAAAGAGAGAAAAACAAAGUCCUAUUAGUAUUCACCGUUGAGAAAAAUAAGCAUUAAAGAUUCAAUCAAUUUGCCGAUAUCUUAAUUAACUUGGAAUUAAUUGAGAUAAUAAUGAAGUUAUUUAUUCAUCCCACUGUAAAACCAAUGUUCAUUGUCUUUAAAAGCAAAACAUGUCUUUUUUAACAACCUUGUUAUUCAUCAUAAUGAUACAAUUCGUUGUUAUCUGAUCUUGUUUUUUGCUGUUCAUCGCCAGGGGGCGCGAUUUACAACACUGAUAUAAUAUUUCAUUAAUGGUUGUCUUCGUCAGACAAACAUUGCCUCCUAUUGUAAUGUUAUUGAUUAUUAUAACCUCUUUGAUAUUCAAUAAUAAAAAAGUUACACAAGAAA